AUGAACAAACAAGAAGACUUUGAACUUGCUCCUAUUGACCCCGAGAUCGAACGUACUUUCAGAAAAAGGAGAAAGGCUCAGAAGGCUAACAGCCGAGGCACUAUGGCUGAGCGUGUUGAUGAAGAGGGGGAUGGCCAGCAAGUUACUAAUCCCAUUGUUUUGGCGGAUGACAGAGCCAGAGCAAUAAGGGAAUUUGGGCAGUUUAGUGGGAUGCCCACGGAAGACCCUCAUCUCCAUCUUCGCUCAUUUUUGGAGGUGAGCGAUUCUUUCAAGUUACAAGGAGUAAGUGAAGAGGCGCUAAGACUGAAGUUAUUCCCAUUCUCUUUAAGGGAUCGAGCUAGAUCAUGGCUCAACACCCUUCCUCCCGAUUCAGUUACAAAUUGGAAUGACUUGGCUGAGAAAUUUCUAAGAAAGUACUUCCCUCCCACGAGAAAUGCAAAGUUUAGAAGUGAGAUUAUGUCGUUUCAGCAGCUGGAAGAUGAGUCCACUAGUGACCCGUGGGAAAGAUUCAAAGAGCUUUUAAGAAAAUGUCCACACCACGCAUUUGAGAUUUUGGAAAGGAUUGCAAGUAAUAACUAUCAAUGGUCAAACACUAGAGCUCCUACAAGUAGAAAGGUGGCGGGAGUUCUUGAAGUAGAUGCAUUAACGGCUCUAACAGCUCAAAUGGCCUCAAUGACUAACAUCUUGAAGAAUAUGAGUUUGGGAGGAAAUAUUCAGCCAGCCGCUGCCAUUCAAAGUGCAGAAAUUUCAUGUGUUUAUUGUGGAGACGGACAUACUUUUGAGAAUUGCCCAUCAAAUCCAGCCUCGGUUUGCUAUGUGGGUAAUCAAAAUUUCAACCGCAACAAUAAUCCGUAUUCAAACUCUUACAAUCCAGCGUGGAGGCAACAUCCAAAUCUGUCAUGGGGGGGUCAAGGAGCAAGUUCAAGUGGAGCGCCAGCACAAGGGAAACAGUCAUUUCCGCCAGGUUUUUCUCAACAGCCAAGGGCUCAGCAACCUCACCAAUCUCAAGGCUCUCAAUCUAGUUCUUUGGAGAGUUUAAUGAGGGAUUAUAUGGCAAAGAAUGAUGCUGUGAUUCAGAGCCAAGCAGCGUCUCUUUGUAAUCUGGAAAUUCAGUUUGGGCAACUGGCUAAUGAUCUGAAAAAUAGGCCACAAGGUUCUUUGCCUAGUGACACUGAGAAUCCGAGGAGGGAUGGUAAAGAACAUUGCAAAGCAAUUAAUUUACGAAGUGGAAAAAUUCUGGAAAAUGAUGAUGAGAAAACAAAAGGCAGCAGGGAGCCCACUUCAAUCCAAACUGAAGGGGAAACGAGUAAAAAAUCAGCAAGUUCAGCUGCUCAAAUUGGCCCAGUUGAUACAACAUCGGGUCAGCAUUCUGUUACAGAAAAGACUUUGCAUAAGCCACCUCCACCAUUUCCUCAGCGUUUUAGAAAACAGCAGCAAGAUGGGCAGUUCAGGAAGUUUUUGGAUGUACUGAAACAGCUCCAUAUCAAUAUUCCCUUGCUCUCACAGAAGGUUGCAGUGCUAUGUUGA